ACAGUCAAUAAACCAGCUGCUGACGGAUCCACGAUGGCGUUGUGUCCCUCACGCGCCAUAAUCAUAAUGGCUUCACCUCUAGCAGCCACCGAACUGACUGAAAAUAACCGCUAUAGACAGGUGACCUCUAUAUUAAGGUUGUCGAUGUAUAUAUAAAACAUGGCGCAUCAAGCUCAGCUAGCGAAUGUCAAAUACCGGAACUGGGUGAGGGCUGGGCUUGGUAUAAAGUACGUUAAAGAAGGCUUGGAACCAUUCUGUGACCACCUGGCUACACAACAACAUAUUGAUAUCCUGAAUAAAGUUCAACAGACACACACACUUUCAGUGGCUUGUGGGCAGUGCGAUGUACGGACUCUCCAGCCUAAUCAUGUUCGAACAAAAAAUAAGCAGUGUCCUCUUGGUCAAAGUAAUUGUAACUGCCAAUAUCCUGGCGGAAAAUGGCUGUGUCCCAACAAUGUAUGUGGCGCCAUCUAUGAUGAAAUCAUUCAACUCCACGCAUCAACUCCUCCAGCGCCAUACUGGAAGAACACGGAUGCACGUCAAUGGUGCACUGAACCAUGGUCUGUAGCAAAAUGUUUCAUAAAUGCUCCGGGAUAUGACAAAAAAACAAAAGCUAAUGAAUUUGACUGUUCUGGCUUAUUACAUGUGUUGAUAAACAAUAAAGGUUUUCAGCAACACAUCAAGUGUAAGAUUUCUGGCACAGAUGUAUUUACAAGGGUACGCAAGUCUAGAAACGAUAUAUUGCAUUCUAAUAGCUUGGAACUAGAAGACACUGAGGUUAACGGUUAUAUUGAUGAUAUGAUAGAACUGUUGGAAGAUGAACAAGAAAUUAAACACACACCAGAAUCUCAAGAUGCUGUCAAAAAACUGCAAGAGCUAAAGCAGGAGGAUUUCAUUAUAUCAACUACGGACGAGACCGAAAUUCGUCGUGUUGCGAUGGCUGCAAUUAAUGAAAAGGAAAAAGAACUUGAACAGACGAUAGUCGACGCAGGAAACAAACUUAGGACUACAGCUGACGAAGGAAAACACGAUAUUGAGUGGAAGGGUUCAGUUAUCAAGGUGGAACUCGGUCAGACAGAACAAAAAAUAAGUAAAGAGUUAGUGAUGAAAGAAGCAGAACUCGAACAGACAGGACAGAACAUAAAAAAGGAUUUGGUGAUGAAAGAGGCUGAACUCGAACAGACGGGACAGAAAAUAAUAAAAGAAGUGGUGAUGAAAGAAGCUGAUCUCGAGCAGACGGGACAGAAAAUCAGAAUGGAUUUGGCGAUGAAAGAAGUUGAACUCGAACAGACGGGACAGAAAAUAAUAAAAGAAGUGGUGAUGAAAGAAGCUGAUCUCGAGCAGACGGGACAGAAAAUCAGAAAGGAUUUGGCGAUGAAAGAAGUUGAACUCGAACAGAAGGGACAGAAAAUAAUAAAAGAAGUGGCGAUGAAAGAAGCUGAUCUCGAGCAGACGGGACAGAAAAUAAUAAAAGAAGUGGUGAUGAAAGAAGCUGAUCUCGAGCAGACGGGACAGAAAAUAAUAAAAGAAGUGGUGAUGAAAGAAGCUGAUCUCAAACAGACGGGACAGAAAAUAAUAAAAGAAGUGGCGAUGAAAGAAGCUGAUCUCGAGCAGACGGGACAGAAAAUAAUAAAAGAAGUGGUGAUGAAAGAAGCUGAUCUCGAGCAGACGGGACAGAAAAUAAUAAAAGAAGUGGCGAUGAAAGAAGCUGAUCUCGAGCAGACGGGACAGAAAAUAAUAAAAGAAGUGGUGAUGAAAGAAGCUGAUCUCGAGCAGACGGGACAGAAAAUAAUAAAAGUUGUGGCGAUGAAAGAAGCUGAUCUCGAACAGACGGGACAGAAAAUUAGACAGGAUUUGGAGAUGAAAGAAGCUGAACUCGAGCAGACAGGGCACCACAUUAAAAGGACAUUGGUGAUAAAAGAAGAGGAGUCAAAAUUGAAAAUUGAACAGAAAGGAAUCGAUAUCGAAAAGCAAGCAACAAAAAAACUAGAGCAGAAACUUCAAGAAGCAGAGUUGCAUUUAGAGAGUCACAAAAACUUCAUCGAAGGGUCGAUGACGAGCACCUCUCAGACUAGAACAGAAGAUGUGACUAACAGAGAAAAAACAGACUUUCAGAAGAAGCUGGUCAAACUAUAUAAAACACAAGUAAUGAUGGUACCUCCGUUGCCCCGCCUACAUAAAGAUAGGAGGAAUGUAAGUGACAUGUAUGUUUCUCCCUGGAUGACUGUACAAAUAAAGGAUGAAGAGCCUAACAGAUGGAAAGAGGUUAAUAUUUCAACGCAUCAAAUAUUCAGAAAUGAUGAAAAGCCCGCAAAAUAUAUCUACAUAAUCGGAGAAGCUGGCUCAGGGAAAAGCACGUUAUGUAAAAUGCUGGUGCAUUUCUGGUGUAUCGCUCAAUCGUAUCAGGAAUGCCGUGUAGACGAACGUGACAUAGUUGAAGAAAUGAAGAAAUUUAAUUUCUUAUUUUAUGUUUCACUCCAGCACUUCUCCGAUUGCAGCAGUAUAGAAGAAAUGCUAAAGAAAUCAUACAGUGAUACUGCUCUUGGAAAUAUUUUACAAAAUGACUCAGGUAAAUGUCUCAUUGUCCUUGACGGUCUUGACGAAUGGAGCCCAGAAAGAAAACACAGUUCGCAGUUUUUUACCAUAGGACUUCCAGGACGUGAGCUCGAUGCGGACUACACCAUUAUUACAACUACAAGACAAUGGAAAUUUGAUGCUCUGCCAAUAAGUGAUAGCGAAGUUGAUAAAAAAAUCAAACUAAAAGGAAUUGAUUUGUAUGAAAUAGAAAACCUCACUAAGAAAACAAUCGAAAUAUUAAAUGACAUCUAUCAAAAAAGUAAAACUGCAGCGGAGUGUGUAACUGAUCUUGAAAGGAGAGAAGUGUCCGACAUUAGCCAUUCACCACUGGUCUUGCAGCAACUAGUUUGUCUAUGGUUUGAUGAUAAACUCCGAGAUAAUUCGAAAUGUGAUAUAUACAAAAGUAUGUUAAACUACUUUUUUGAGUGGAAAGUACUUUGGACUUCUGAAGGUCAAAAGCAACUUUAUGGUAUCAAGGCCCCUAGUAGAAAUACACACGUUACGCAAUACCUUUCAUAUUUAGCGUACGAAACCUUGUUCGACCAAAAUAAAGAAACCAGGUUGGCGUUUAGCAGUUCAACACUUACCCAGUUGAGCAUACCAAAUGAUGUGAUAAAGGACUGUUUGGACAGUGGCAUUUUAAAACAAGAGCGAAACGUAAGUUUGAGUGAGAGCAUACAAUUAUCAAUUUCCUUCUUUCACAAAUCUAUGCAAGAAUAUCUAGCUGCAGUAUAUAUCGCUAAUGAAUUCAAAGAAAUGCUAAAAUCGCAGAAGGAUAAACUUGAUCUCACAAAUGUCUGCAAAAAGUGCGUAGAGAAGUACUUCGGCAGUUGCAAAACGGUUGUUGAUAUUUUAGAACAGUCAGACGUAUUAAAUAUACUUUGUAGAUUAGAACCACAGUUGCUGACAAAUGUAAGUGAGCAUAUAUAUAACGUAACACUUGUUGACAAAACGAUCAUUGAGGAAAGAAACAAGGUUCCGGUACCAGAUUUUAAAGAUUUUUUUUUAUGGAUCUAUAGUAUUCAAAGGUGCAUUUUUAAGUGCAUUAAAGAAGUUAUGUCGAUUGAAAAAGAUGUUCACCUACCUGUUUAUAUUGCCGAUCUUUCCAUUGGCCCUGCAAAUGAUUUGAAACGUUAUGUUAACAAUAUUAUUGCGAAAAAUGUUCUAUCGGUAGAAGUAGAUGCCUUUGAAUUCUUAACAGGUGAAACACUUGAUGAAGAAACCGUUCGACAGUUUAGAAACUUUGUUCAAUUAAAAGCAGUGAAAAUAAGGUCUCAUCAUUUAAGUGACAAGAGGAUUGACAGUGAAGUUGCUACAAUACUUGAGACAAAUGUUCGCACGCUUGAAACUGUCAGUUUGUUAGAUGUAGACAACAGCAUUUUAACACGUCUUCUUCCAACAUUAUCGAAAAUGAGACAGUUAACUUCUCUCCAGAUGUAUAAUAAUUUAGUAAAGUUUUGGCCGCAUGAUGUUAUUUUGUCGUUGGGUGAAUUUCUGACCCAAAAUACAAGUCUUCAGCAUAUAUCGCUUCUUUGUUAUUGUGAGAAACACGACAAACAUACGUUACACCUAUCAAAUCAUAAGCAACUUCGACAUGUUAACUUGUUUCAUUCUUCGUUCUAUAAGCUCAGUUGUAAUACUGACAAUCUAGAAACGUGUAAGCAUAACAUUACAAGAAAAUUGUGUAACAGUCUGUAUAAUGCAUGUAAAUUAAAGCAUCUUCAUCUGUGUUACAACAAAUAUAUAACAGAAAACAGGACUGUCAGUCUCAGUGAAAAUCUUAUCAGACUGUUGCCAUCAUUAGUCAAUCUCACUACUCUUGAGUUAUGGGACUUUGUUUUUACUAACAAUGUUAUAGCACGUCCGUGUGCUAUGAACAAUUUGAAAACAAUAAAAUAUUGCAGGGUAAAAAUGAGUAUGACAACGUGGUGCAAGUUUAUAGAUAGUCUUCCUGCACUGCCAAAUGAAGUAACGGUAGAAGCAUCACAAAUGUAUAUUACAGAUGGGACAUUACUUAAGUACAGUAUGUUUGAUGAAAAACAAGAAGAAGAUGCAAAACAGUAUGUUAGAGAGAAAACGCAUUUAUUCAUCGUGACAGAAGAUGUUUCCGUUCGUUUUCAGUUCACUUGUAAAAAAGUGUGACUCAGAAUAUGUGUCUAUUAAAACGCAGAUUACGAUCAUUUAAAUAGGCAAAACUGUUGACAAUGUUUCAUGAAAAAUUAAAGAACGUACACCCUAAAUGUUUAAUAUUAGGCUUACUUUACAGCAUUUGUUUGUCUUUUGUAUUUGUGAAUUACCAAUUAACAAAAUGCAAAAUCAUUGUACUUUUGAUAGUUUGAGUCUGUAUAUAUAAUUGUAUUAACACAUAAUUUACAUGAGUAUGAUGAGAUUCAUGAUAAUUGCAAAAAAUAAAAAAAACAACAACAAUUACUGCGAUUCAUAUUUGAUAUGAUAUAGAAGGAACUUAGCUGUAAACUUAACAAUAUGAAAAUGUUAGUUGAUUUAUUCUUAUAUUGAAUAGUCUUACUUGCUAUUUGCUUAAACUAUUUUGACAUUAUACAAUGUGCACGUGGAGGCUUCUCACUUUAAAGUUGUCGUCACUCAUAUGUCGACAUGGCUGUCUCUAACCGUUUAUCUUAUGCUUAUUAUUAAUAUUUAUUCAUAUUAUUACAUGUAAGUUGUAUUAUUUUCGGUACGGCUGGCAAUUAUUUUAUGAAAUCAGAAAAAAAUUUGGUACAGCAAAAAUUAAAGUUGUUAUAUAGAUAUGUCAAUAGCAUAGAGUGUUGAUUGCCAAUUUAUAUUAUAUGUAAUGUAAUUAGUUUAACAUGUAAUAAGUUGACACAAACAUUGGUAUACUGCAUAAUGUAUAUAUUUUCGGCAAAGUUUAUUGAUGUCUACUAUUGACUUAAAAUGCAAAAAUGUGUAAUAUUUUAGAGUAAUUUAUGAUUUAGUAAAUAUUAUCAUAGAGAACGUCUUUUAAAGCAAGUAUAUAUUUUUCUCCUGUUGAUUGCCUUGUCGGUACAUGUAGCUAUGUUUGAUGAAAUGUCUUCAGCGUUUCCUAUACUUGUUCAAUGUACAGUACUGUUUGGACAAUUUUAACUCAGUUGUAAUUUUAGGAUAUUAACAUAGCAUGUAGGUAAUGCACGAGCUCUGCAGCGGAAAUAUUGCGCGAGUGUAGGUGUUGAAUAUUAUUCCGCGAUAGAACGAGUGUAUAUUUCCCGAUGCAAAUAUAAUAAUCUUUUUAUAACAGACGGUUUUGCAAUAAUACUUCGAUCUUCUCAGACCGUUCAGCACGACUUUUAUGUCGUGUUAUUGGUACUCUUUAGUUUCUCAACAUAACCAUUUCGGUCUGGGUGAUUCCAAUACUCCCGCUUUUAUAGCCUGGGUAUUGUAUAAUCACCCCUUUGAUAUGGUGUCUGUUUUUUAAUUUUGUCUUUUAACAGGUCCUGUGACUCUAUAACCUCAGAUCCCCUUUCUAAAUUCCAGUUUGUUUAGUUCUGCCCGUUAUUUUCUCGUUUGGGGCAAACCCAUUAUUGUAUCUGGGGACCAAACGCCGCUUUUCAUGGAAUUACACGCCUCAACACGUGUAUCAUUGAAGGUUCCAUGUUCACCGCCGUUUGAAUACAUUUGCGGAUGUCUCUAAAUUGCUUUUUGUACUUUAACAUAUGUAAAUGUUGAGUUCUGCUCAACCCGGGGCUAGAGGGCAUGGACGGUAGCAUGCAUUUCCACUACCGUCCAUGAACAGGCUCAAUCAAACCGAGCCUGCAACAUUUUCGUUUUUGUCGUGUUGAGCGACCUGUGAAGUUUCCAGUUUUCUCUAUUUUUUAUAUAAAUUGUUUUUUAUUCAACAUGAGCGAAAUUGAAAAUGCUGUCAUUAAAAACAUUUUAAAAUCCACGAAACAAUUGCAAAUAAUGUCGCUAAUGACGUCUUGCUCCAGAUAUGAAAUAUGGAAAAAAUAUUAGUUCCAUUGUAACUAACCGGAGUUUAUAACUGAGUAUAUUCUAUAGCUUUAUGUAAAGUGGUAAAUGCCGACAUAACUUGUGUGAUAUCACGUCUUUUAAAAUAUUUAGAUGAAAAACGGAUAUAAUCGUG